CCGUUUCUCUGGCUUUGUAUAUAUACAGUUUCAAUACAGUCUACCCUUCAGCAAAGUAAAUUAUAUAGCCACAUACAACGUAUUUUAGGGCAGUCAAUAGUUUCAGACCUAGAGAGAAGCAUAGAAGAGCUCUUAGGUUUACUUAUCUGUAUUACUUAG